AUGGCCUUUCAGUUCUUCGCAAAGGUGCAUCAAUCCAAAGCGCCCACUUCUCCACCUUUGUCUCCCCCUCAGGCACCAGCGUCGAUAACCUCCUCGUCUACAAACACUCACCCUAGGCCACCCAAAUGUCCGCCCCCUUUUGUCGUACCGUCCACCUCGGGCUCCCAUACUGUGAGCCUGGCUUCCAAAUUUCAGCCUCCAGCAGGCCGGGACUCGACUUUCCAAGCGGUUGCAUACCCAAAUCCCAUCGCAUCAGGCCACCCCACUCCGCACCCGCAUGUUACCGUUGAAGUGGUGGGCACAGCUCACAUUCCUUCCCUCACUCGGAUCACGGGCUUGUUGCUUCCCAUUCGCUAUCCGAAUUCUUUCUACACAGCCAUGAUCACGGAUCCCGUGAUCGCGUCGCUGUCCCGCGUGGCCGUCUACCAUGAUCAUCCGGUAGCUGCCGCGCCCGCCUCCGCAGCGUCACCUUCCUCGACAAGCUUGCAGACGCCAGCGACAGGGACUGACAAAGUCAUCGGAGGAAUCAGGUGCCGACUGGAGCGGCUACCGCCCACUACCGCGGGAAUUUUGCAAGGUCGUUCGAACUCGGAGCCGACAAAUCUUUACAUCCAGACCCUACACCUUCUCUCUCCGUAUCGGGGAUGUGGGAUUGCAGCGUCACUGCUUAAUUCGCUACUCUUCUCGCCAGAUGGGUCUUCAUCUUCGGGUUCCUCGGACACCCAAUCUGGUCAGCAAGUCUCAGAACUGGUAAGGCAUUACAACAUUCGCACCGUCACAGCCCAUGUCCACGAGGCCAACGAAGAAGGGCUGAAGUGGUACGUUGCACGUGGGUUCAAGGUGGAAGAUGGGGUCGUGGAAAAUUAUUACCGUCGACUGAAACCUUCCGGGGCAAGAAUAGUCAAACUUGUCCUCCAGUGGACGGAUGCGAAUAACGAGGGGAACACUUCUGCUCGCAACAAGGAUCGAGACCAGCGCAAGGCCCCUGGAGACGACGAUGAAGACUGGGAAAAGGUCGAAGCUGAAGACGAGGAUGACGAGGAAGAUCAUGGAGUACAACCUUUCGGGGAUUCAGAUUCUAAGCUUCUCGAAGUCGACGAGGGUGUGAGCAGGAAGCGCAAGGCAGAUGAUGAGCCUCAGCGGCUAUGA